ACCGCUCCAGUCCUUUCUUUCAUAAUACAAAUCUAAUUACUACUCUCUCUGCUUUCUUUCUGUUGUGCAUAGUAAACAUAAGUUCCACGGAUUUGUCCUUUAAAGCCUUCCCUUGCCCUUCACUCUGCCCCAGUGAUAUUUGUCUGUCCCAGGCUAAACUUAGCCCUGAAAAUGACCACUCCUCAUCACAACAUGCCCUGCUCACCACACUGGGUUACAAUGGAGGGUGUCGUGUUUCCACAGACGUCGCUCUACUUCAAUGACAACACUGUGAAAACAAGCAGUUGUUCACUGCUGUGACAGAAACACAGCUGUCUCCACUCUAACACCCACAUUUAGCCGGAUAAAGACGUGGCUCUAUCUGAUGUAGAAGGCUUAUUUUGAAAGGAGCAGGUAAUAGUUUAAAUGUAGAUCCUAAAAACUCUGCAGUGUUUUUCUGUCUCGAUGGGCAGCCAUAGCUCAGUCCUCAUUCCUGACACCGAGGAGUUUGGCUCAAUUGUGUCGGAGAGGCUAAAUGAGCAGAUAGCCCAUGCUGGAGAUGAGAGGUUACAGUCAGAGCUUCAGACUCUGAUAAGACUCAUGAUGGAGAAGGAAAGGAAAGAAACCCAGAGUCAAGCGGUGGAUACUUUAACUCUUCAAAAAAACCGCCCAGAAACAAGUCAAAAUGGGUGUGGCCUGUCUGCAGCAGAAAGUGAUGCCACGCCGUCCUUCUCCUCUCUGCUCCCUAAGGCUCUUUCCUCUGUUCUUCAUCCGACGCUUCCGUCCGGCUUCAAACCUGCAGACCUCACACUCGAGCGCCAGUCGAGCAGAAAUCCAGAGAACUCAAAGCUGGAGCGACUGCAGACGGAGCUGAGGGAGCUGAGGGAGCAGUUUGAGCAGAUGAAGACUCAACACAACAAAGAAAUUAAGCUGCUGAUGAACGAGCUGGACGAGGAGAAAAGGAUUCGUUUGACUUUACAGAUGGAGAUCCAACGUAUGAAGAAGCACAUGUCUAAAUGAGUGGAGUCAUCAGAGAAAGGACCCUGUUUAAAGGUUCUUCAGACAAAUUUUAUUUUUAUAAGUUUGCAUCAGUGCUUCUUUUUAAUAAAAAAUAAUAAUCUUUA